UACCUUGAGUACCUUCUCCGUGACACACGGAGCUGGCGCGAGACUGGAUCAAUGUUAACUGUCUACACUCCUCUCUGAAAGGAACAAACGAGUGUGGGAGAGAGUGAGAGUGAGAAAAAGAUAGAGAAAUACGGAUCUUUACUCCUGUCUUAAAGGGACAGGAUCCACCAGGUUUCCAGGAUGCUGUGACCCUGGUCAGGGGUUUAGGUCAUCGGUCAGGUUUUAAGGGAUCAGGUUAUGUUUGGGGACAUGAUGUGUUCCCCUGUGGGGUCUCGGUCUCCGGUCGACAGUGCUGGGAACAGUGAGGAAGAGAUUGACCAACACCGGAGGCCACGUAGAGGCACCAGAAAACAGUGGGCAAGCCGAAGGAGACCGAGGGAGCAGGAUGAAGAUGAAGAAGAUGAAGGGAACCAGAAUAUCCAAAGCCCGGGGAGGAAGAGGGGGAAGAGGAGAGGAAGUGACAGAAGUGACUGGAGUGACGUCAGCAGUGUGAGCGGCCUACCCAGGUCUCUGGAGGACACGCAGAAUCAGCGUGUCAUGGCUAACGUACGGGAGCGACAGAGGACCCAGUCACUCAACCAGGCCUUCGCCUCGCUACGACAGAUCAUCCCCACGCUGCCCUCAGACAAACUCAGCAAGAUCCAGACGCUCAAACUGGCCACGCGGUACAUAGACUUCCUCCACCACGUGCUGCAGGGCGAGGGGAUGGGCCUGGAUUUGGACGAGGAGCAUGUGUCAGGAGCAGCCAGCUGUGGUUACGUGGCCCAUGAGCGUCUGAGCUAUGUCUUCUCAGUGUGGAGGAUGGAGGAGGAAGCAUGCUCGGGGUCUGCUACACCACACUAGUGCUCCCUCCACUGCAGGGGCACAACCAAACAGGAUUAUCCAAGAGAAUCCAUACUGGUUGGGGUGGUUCAACAUGCUACAACUGGACUGUGGUACACCGGAGAACGCAGGACUAAACGGCCUAGCAUGAUGGAACAUCUCGUAACGACGAAUGUUAGAGACAUAAACAAAGAUUUUACAACACUUUCUGUACUGUGUAUCUCUAUGGUGGGAGAUAUGCAGGCUUGUUUCUGUGUGCUUGAUUCCAACAAUCCAUAGGCCUUAUAGGGGUCACACAGGGCAGAUAAUAGAUCAAAAACCCAUCCGUGGACAACUAUAGCUCAUUUUGGUCUGUUCUAGACUUCACGCACAGACAUAGAGACUGUCAGAAUGCUCCACAUGACCUCUACCACAGGAGGUUGGUGGCACCUUAAUUGGGGGAUAAGGGCUCGUGGUAAUGACUAGAGCGGAAUUAGUGGAAUGGUAUCAAAUACAUCAAACACUUGGUUUCCAUGGUUUCCAGGUGUUUGAUGCCAUUCCAUUUGCUCCGUUCCGGCCAUUACUACGAGCCGUCCUCCCCUCAACACUCUCUACACUCUAUUUCUCUCCAUGGGGAUAGGCAACAGAUGAAGUUCCAGUCUUUGUAUCAACAAACUCACACAAAGUUAUACAGAUUAUUUUCUCCUGGCUUCUGAAAUAUCAAUUUAUUGAUUGAUGUUACAACGAAGAAUGGGUACAUUUCUAAAUGCAUUUAAAAUGUUGUAGUGUUGUAAAUAUCUUUCAUUAUCUUCUGAAAUAACAAUUAGUGUAUGUUUGAAUUGACAUUUUAGUCAUUUAGCUGAUGGUCUUAUCCAGAGCGAGUAAAUAUACAUUAACAGUAGACUACCGAUGUUUGCAGGGUUGAGGAGGUUACUUUCUAAAUAUCAUCUGUUACUUGUCCAAAAUUGUCAUCAGUCAUUUAAUUUUGGGAUUACCCAAAUUUAGUAACGUAAAUCUGAUUACUUUCCCCUUAACUGGCAUUAGAAGACAAAAAAUGAUCCAUAAAAUGCAUUUGGUGUGUCAUCAUACUGGUCUCUGACUUGUGGUCAGACUCGCUCAGGUACAACAAAUGUAAACUUGCAUCUUUUUUUCCCAAUGCUGAAUUGAACGUAAUUGAGAAAACAGAAAGUGGUGUCAUAAUGUUAUUGUUUUUUCUUCUCGCAGACAUCCUUUCUGAAUUUAAAUCCAAGAAGUAAUCAUCAAAUUUUUCAAAGGUUAUCUGUAAUCUCAUUAGAAUAUUUUUUGCUGGUAAUGUAACUGAUUAGUUUAGUUGUAAUCAGAUUACAUGUAACUGAGUUACUAAACCCUGGAUGUUUAAAAAGGGCCAAGCUGGAGCCAUAUCCCAUACAGGACGCUGCCAUCUAACGGUUCAAAUGAAACUGACACUACAUAGAGAGAACGCCUGUACAUCCAACAGCACAGGGUAACACACCACUACCCCUCUAAUUUCACCACUACUCCUCUAAUUUCACCACUACUCCUUUAACUUCACCACUACUCCUCUAACUUCACCACUACUCCUCUAACUUCACCACUACUCCUUUAACUUCACCACUACUCCUAUAACUUCACCACUACUCCUGUAACUUCACCACUACUCCUUUAACUCCACAACUACUCCUUUAACUUCACCACUACUCCUCUAACUUCACCACUACUCCUAUAACUUCACCACUAUUCCCGUAACUUCACCACUACUCCACUAACUUCACCACUACUCCUCUAACUUCACCACUACUCCUUUAACUUCACCACUACUCCUCUAACUUCACCACUACUCCUUUAACUUCACCACUACUCCUCUAACUUCACCACUACUCCUCUAACUUCACCACUACUCCUUUAACUUCACCACUACUCCUAUAACUUCACCACUACUCCUAUAACUUCACCAAUACUCCUCUAAAUUCCUGUAUAAUGAUUCUAGUGGAAAAAUAUG